GCUCAGCACAUGAUGUUCAGCAGGGAGAGCUGCUCCUGAGACACGGGGACAGGCUGAGACACGGGGACAGGCUGCAACAUGGACAGGCUGAACGGAGAGGACAUAGCUCUGAAUAAACUGGGGGAUAUAGAGGCGGGGCCAGCCCCACAUGGGAAAGCGGGCCGGCCCAUCAACAUGAAUCACUACGCCACAAAGAAGAGUGCGGCUCAGAGCAUGCUGGACGUGGCCCUGCUGAUGGCCAACUCGUCCCAGCUGAAGAGCGUCCUCUACGUGGGGCCUCACUACCGGUUCUACCUGCCCCUCCUCGUGCUGCUGUCUCUGUCCAUCACUCUACAAGUGAUGGUGGGGCUGCUCCUCAUCUUUAUCGUGAAGUACGAUCUGAACGAUGUGAGGAAACACGCCAAGUUAAACAGGAUGAACAACGCAGCCACAUUGUUCGUCUUCUUCACCGUCCUCGUCAACAUCUUCAUCACAGCACUGGGAUUCGAGGGAUAUUCUGUCAGGUCACCAAUGUCACCUGUGAUGUUGCCAGAGCAUCAUCACUCCCUCCUGCCCAACGACCUCAACAACACUUCAGGCCCACUCACUGCUGUUGAACUCAAUGCAACCACCGAUUGACUACCAAAAACCUCAACUCAAUCACAUGACCACUGCCUUGAGCUAAUAAGAUUCCACCACACUAAUGCAGAACAAUUAUUUUGAUCUUGUAAAUAUAACAUAUUUUUGUUCACAUGUUAGAUUGUUGGAAUAAAUCUUAAGUUUUGUAACUAAA